AUGGCCUCCAGCCUCGUGAAUCUGCUCCUCAUGGAGGUGGCGGCCAUCGUCAGCAUUGCCCUCCUCGCCAUCCUCGUCGUGCUCAGCUCCUACCGCCGCCGCUCCGGCCACCCGGCACUCCGCCUCUUCGUCUGGGCCGCCUCCACCCUCUUCCUCCCGCUCGUGUCCUACGCCGUCUCUGCCGCGGCGAAGUGGGACGCGGCGCGCGUGCCGCUCCUCCUCUCCUGGACCGUCUUCCUCCAGAUCCUGCGCAACACCAUCGACACCGCCCGCUCCUCCACCUCGACCAUCAGCAGCGGUGGCUCCAACGGAAGCAAGUUCCGGCCCUCGGUCGAGCAGCUUGCAAGGAUGGGGUGGGUGGCGUUCCUUAUCAUCAGCAGUGGCGGCGCCGCCGGGAGCCCGCUGCUCACCGGCGUCCUCCUUUGGCUGUGGGUGCUCAGCCUCCUGAAGCUCAUCCACAGGCUCGUCGCUGCCGAGCUCGCCAAGAACUCCUUCGCCGUUGGCCUCAACGCAUACCUCGUCGCCGACUAUAUGAAGCAAAUACACGGGCAAGCUCAGGCAGGCGAAGGCGGCCACGACGAGGUUAAGGUGCCUCCUUACUUUGUGAUGGGUGAGGACAAACUCCACAUUGAGGCGAGGCCGCAGGGGUACCGCAUUGACCGGGCAUCUCCGCCGUCGUUGUCCAUUGACGGCGGGCAUGGGCAUCUCGUCACCGUGGACAGGAUAUGGCGGCUUUCCUCAUCCGGCGACCCGCUCCUCGCCUCUUGCCCGCACCUCAAGGAUCUCUGCCUCUCUUUUGCUCUCUUCAAGCUGCAGCUCCGGCGGUUCAUCGGGUGCCCACUCGCUGAGGCCGGCUGUCACCGUGCUAUGGCGUUCGUGCAGGAGGGGCUCCUCAGUGGGAGCCCCGAGCGGGUGUUCCAGGUGGUCGAGACCGAGCUGUCCUUCGUCGCCGACUUCCUCUACUCCAAGCUCGCCGUUUUCUACGCGAGCGGCAGGUGGUUCCCGGUGCUCAACGCGAUCCUUGUGCUGGCCACGUGGGUCAGCUGCCUCGCUGCCGGCGGCGCCAUCGUGCAAGACAUGACGAACCGCGGCACGGCGCUCGCCGAGGACUACCUGGACCUCAGGAACUACCUGCAGGACCACGACACCAUGUUCCACGUCAUUGUCGGCCUCGACGUCCUUGUCUCCAUCUCCUUCAUCGUCGCCAUCGUGUUCACAGAGGGAUGGGAGAUCGCCAACUACGUCUGCUCCGACUGGAUCAAGGUGUCCACCAUCUGCGAGUACGCGCGACGCCCGUCGUGGCUGAAGUCGCCGUUGGCGCGUCGGAAGCUCGUCCGCAUGCUCCGCCUACGGGCCAUGCAACAAUGGGAUGACCGCUUCUGCCAAAUGUCCAUCCUGCAGCACCGGUUCUGCUACUGCGGCUGCGUCUCCCGGCAGGUCGACCGGAUCGCCAAGGAAACCGUCGUCGUGCCGGCGGCGGUUAAGUCUGCCAUCGUGGAGACGCUAAGAGCAAACCAGCAGGGUAGGCUCGGGAAUGGCGAGCUGUCCUUGCAACGCAACGGCGUCGCCGACAAGCUCAUCUGGGCUUGCCGCAUUAGCGCGACCGGCGAGGACAAUGCAGAGCUGGUGCUGGGCAGCCUAUCCGAGCAGAUCCUCAUGUGGCAUGUCGCUACCAGGCUCGCCGAGCUCAAGCGCUCCCAGGGAGCCCAUGGCAAUGUCAACAGUGACAACGACGGAGACGGGGACAACGAACAGGUGGUCGUUGCGACGCGGCUGUCCCGUUACUGCGCCUACCUAGUGGCGCUGAAGCCGGGGCUCCUGCCGGACCACCUCGUCUGGACGGAGGAGCUCUACGAGGGCGUGGUGGAGGAGGUGACGAGGGUGCUCGCGCGCUGCGCCGGGCCCGUCGUGCGGUACGAGCGCGCGGUUACGUGCCUCGGCGGGAGCAUGAACGCGACGUUGAAGAAGGCGUCCAAGCUCGGGCGGCAGCUGGUGGAGGAGCUCGCCGACGAGGAGCUGACGUGGAAGGUGCUUGCCGACUUCUGGGCGGAGCUCAUCCUCUACCUCGCGCCGUCAGAGAACGCGACGCCGCAUGCCAAGUCACUCCGCGGCGGGGGCGAGUUCAUAACCGUGCUCUGGGCAUUGCUCGGUCACGCAGGCAUUGUUAAGCGGCCAGAGAGCACUGAUAUCUCAGUCUAAUCAUAUCAAUAUUUUUUUCUUCUUUGUAUGUACUGUA